UAGCAGCAACCGCUCCCCUGUGAGCUGUGCGAGUCUGAACGUAUGGAUAGUGUUUAUCAUGUCUCUGGAGACUCGCUCUAGUUCGGCUCUUUUCAAAAGGGCUGAACAAUUAAAACGAUGGGAAGAAUCGGAGACCAACCGCGAAAAAAUAGUGCCUCGAAGAAGGAACAAGAAAAUUCAGUUCUCGUCGGGCGUGGUGUUUUUAGCAGCAUGUGCAGCGGGCGAUAAGGACGAAGUGUUACGUUUACUUCGGGAAGGAGCUGACAUAGACACGGCGAACGUUGAUGGAUUGACAGCCCUGCACCAGAGAAGAAAUAAGUUUUUCGUACGUUCACCUAUGAAGGCCAGUGAUACCACUAGGUACCUGAUUGAGAAUGGGGGUGAUGUGGCCGCUGCCAACAAUGACGCAGAGCUGCCUGUGGAUCUGGCGGAGACGGAUGAGAUGGAGGAGCUGCUGCGGGAGGUCCUCAUUGACAGAGGCAUUGAUUGCGAGGAGGCCAGAAAUGAAGAGCAGCAGAUGAUGGUGUCGCAUGCAAAGGAAUGGCUAAAUGGAGGAGUAUGUAAGGAUCAGCCACAUCCAAAAACUGGUGCAACAUCUCUCCAUGUUGCAGCAGCAAAGGGUUACAUCAAAGUUAUCAGUAUCUUGUUACAAGCUGGUGCUGACAUUAAUGUUAAGGACUUUGAUGGCUGGACGCCUCUGCAUGCAGCUGCCCAUUGGUGUCAGAAAGAAGCUUGUGAGAUUCUUGUAGAAAACUUCUGUGAUAUGGAUAUUCGAAAUUGUGUGGGUCAGACUGCUUUGGAUGUUGCUGAUCCAGAUAUGGUUCCUGUGCUUGAAGAACUCAGGAAGAAACAGGCAACAAUGCAGAAGGAUCGUAAUGAUACUAAUGCAAUACUAAAUAGGAAAGGGGUUAACACGCAAAAGAGACGGUCAUCAAUAACUAGAAUGUCUGGUGCAGAUAAAUCAAAUCUUAUUAAUAAAGAUGCAUCUUCGGAACGUCAGCUACUUGCAGAACAAGCCAGCAAUAAAGUCAAGACUGUUGAGGUAGAAAUAGAGAACAGUCCUGAUGACAGAGAGGAAUUGAUGGACAUGUCAUCAAAAAUGGGAUCUCUUGCAGUGAAUGACAUUGCAGUAGAGGAUGAAGAUGCUUCGUCCAGUGAGUCUAGUGAAUCGUCAGAUGAUUCUGAAACGUCUAGUGCUAGUGAAUCUUGUAAUCCAAGUGUUGGGGAGGAAAAGAGAAAUCGUGUUAAUAGAGAUGAAGUUCCAAGGAUACCUCUUGGUUCAGAUGUUGCCAAAUCUAUUCCUACAACGCCAUCAUCGCAACCUACCACACCUGAGAAUGAGGACACUUCUUUGAGACGUCCUGGAUUAAUUAAAAAUCGUAAUCGUGAAGAAACGUCCAAUAGAGUAAAUCGUCUUGAAAAAGAAACACCUGUACAUAAAGCUACCUCACCAACAGGUACUGCCAAUCGCAAUUCUGAAAACUCAGAAGUCGUCAUUAGAAGGACACAAAGCUUUGAAGAUGAAAAGUUCUAUCGCAGAUACAUGGAGUUGCAAGCAAGAAUUAAAGCUGGCUCUUGCCCCACCCUCCAUUCGUCCCCAGCCUCAGCCCCUCCUGCCCGCUCCGCAUCUCUACGAGAAAAGCAACUACCAAGGCGAGGAGACGAGAGCAGCUUGGUUAAUCGAGACUCAAGUGCUGCUACACCAGUGUCGGCAGCAAGUAAUUCUCCAACAGCAACCAGUCCACUGCCAACAAGUCAAGUGCGAAGAUCUUUUGUACCACCUGUUCGAGAUGAAGAAUCUGAAACUCAACGUAAAGCACAUGCUAAGAGAGUACGUGAAACACGGCGAUCUACUCAGGGUGUUACUUUAGAAGAACUAAAGACUGCAGAACAAAUAGUAAAAAAGAAAAAUCAGCAAAUGCAACAGGCCAAUCAACAAGUUAAUAAUAGCAACAGUGACCAGUCUGUUGUGCUGACCCCAACUACUACCACCAACUUUACCGCCACUAACUCAGUGCCGUCUGUGACGGCUACAAUUACAACAGGCGCUCCAACAUCACCUUCUAGUCCAAAAGAGGAAGAACCUCCCCAAGAGCGACGCCCUUCAUGGCGGCUUAGGGUUGAUAAUGGGGACAGGAACAAGUUCUUGUUGGAGGAUGCACGGAGAAGUAGUAGUAGUAGUACUAGUGUUGCGGAAACUCCUCCAACGACAACAUACGCUCGUCGACCACCUCCAUUACACAUGCCUGCCAGACCUUCAUCAGCACCUGUGGAACCAACUUCACCUCCUGCUGAUGCUUCUGUAACAAUAGCUUUAAGGCGACAAUCAAAACCACCUGAUGAUAAAGAACAAGAUAAAGAAAAUGACAUCAGAAAUGCCCAAGCAACCCAAGCCGUCAUCCAGAGGCGUCGAAAACCUAAGCGACGAUCAACAGGGGUGGUUCACCUCGAUAUGGAUGAACUUAAUAAUAGUGAAGUUGAAGGAUAUCCCGAUGUUCUUGGAGGAGGUGACAGCAACGAAAUUACAAGUCUGAGAGAUGGAGAGCGCGUGGCGCGCCGGCCGCCAGCAGCAGCAGCGCCGCCUCGCAGCCUGGGCUUCUACCGGCAGCGUGUCGCCGCUUCCUCCUACGCGGAGCCGGCUUCCUCGUACCGGAGCGCGGCUCCUCGUACAGCGCCGGCGGCAGCCCCUACGGGAGCCCGAGCGGCUACGGCUGGCUCCGGCUCCAGCUCGCUGUACGGGAGCUCAGCGCUGGGGGCGUACGGCGGCGGCGCCGGCCUCAGCCCCUACGGGGUGGGCGGCGUGUACGGGGGCGGCGCCGCCUCCAAGUCGCCGCUCUCGCUUUCCACGUACGGCGGCACGAGCUCCGGCUACGGCGGCAUGACUCUGUCCUCGCUCUCCCCGUACUCCAGCAGCUCCUCUUCAGGCCUCACUGGUAGUUCCUACAGCAGUAGUCCUAGGAGUAAUAGUAGCUACAGCAGUAGUCCCAGGAGCAGCCCCAGGAGUAGUGCUGUUUUGCCCGUAAGAAGUAGUAGCUUCAAUACAAGGACCGCCAGAAGCUCUCAUGCGCAUGCGCACUCGCACUCGCACUCGCCGGCGUCGUCGGCGCUCAGCUCCAGAUCGAACUCGUGCGUUUCCUUGGCUUCCAGCACAAGAAGCGGAUCGGAAGGAUACGCUAGUGGAGGAGAUUGGUCAGGGAACUCCCGUGUGAGCAACUCCCCAGGAGCUGAAAGCCGUCCAGUCACACCUGCUGCUUCAGUCACCUCUUCCCGUUCCACUAAAGAAGCAAACAGUGAAAAUGGAGAAAUUGAUUACAAAAAGUUGUAUGAAGCAUCAGUAUUGGAGAAUGAAAGGUUGCGGGAAAAAUUAAAGAAGACUGAAGAUGAUUUAUCCGAUGCUCGAUCCCAGUUAGAGAAGUCAAUGAAGAACUCUCUUUCGGAGAUGGAAAAGCGAGAAAGACGAGCAAUGGAACGAAAGUUGUCAGAAAUGGAAGAGGAAUUAAAGCUUUUGGAGCAGCUGAAGAGUGAGAACCAAAGGCUAAAGGAUGAAAAUGGAGCUUUGAUUCGGGUCAUCAGCAAGUUGUCCAAAUGAUAGUUAGUAAGCGACAAGUUUGGAUAUGAAAUUGUUUCCACUAUUUUAGCUUCCUUUUAAUUAUAUUUUUAGUUUUGUGCUGUUAUAUUAUAUCAUGCAUGACACCUUCAAAGUUUUGCAAAUUGUCAGGGGCAUACAGUGUUGGUUUCAUUUUGCACUAAUUUUUGUCACAUGAAAUUUGACUUCCAUAAUGUCUCAUAGUGUCUGUAUGAAAUAUUCAUCUUGAAUUGCCUUUUAUAAUGACAUUUAAGGACAGUUCCUUUAUUCAUUUCAAAGAAGUGUUUCCUAAUUUAUGGGCAGUUAUGAAGUGUGUAUAAAGUGAUAUAUGUGUAUAUGUUGUAAGAGUAUGAAUUUUUGAUUAAUUGCAAAGUUACUUUAGAUUUUUUUUUUACAAUACUAUAAUUCAAAAAUGUAUGUUUCUUGCAUCAACUGAAAACUGUACUUUUGUUUUUCAAAAUUAUUAUUUAGAGUUAACUGAUAUGUAUUUCAAAUCUGUCAGUGGCAGAAGAAAAAUGAGGGAAGCAAUCAAAGGAAUGAACAUAAAACACUGUAUUGAGUUUAAAUUGUGAGGCCAAAUAUUUGGGCAGAUCUCACUAAUGUAAUUUUAAAAGUUGAUUUUAUCAAUUCAGCGAAUCCAUUAUGGGUUCAAAUUUGAAUUUGAUGUAAUUUUAUCAGUAUGACCGUGUGUGUGCCUGCUAUUUUGUUGUUAUUUAUUAUUUUGUAGAUAAUUUUUACAUUAUUCAGUCACUUAAUCAUAAUUACUAAUAAUAUUAACAUAAGGACUAUUGAAUUUUACAUACUUUUGUAUUUUACACAAUUACAUAAAAUUCAAUGCAAUACAUUUGUCAAAUAACUUGUGUUGUAUGAAUGAAGUGCUUAACAGUACUUUUGAAUGCGUAAUAUUUCAAUAUAACACUAACUUUUUGGAUGACCUUUUUUCAUUGUUAAAUGUUCUGUAAGCAUUAAAUAUGCAUUGAACAUCAAAUGGUUAGUUUUGAAGAAGAAGGGAAUAAAAAGAAAAAAAACUAUAUAUGUUAACUUAAAAAUCAGUAUUUCUUCUCAUUUUUAGGAUUACUCCUAAUGGACAUGUCUUGUUUUUAUUACUUAGUAAUUUUCAUUUUGAUUUGAACAUUGUUUUCAGGUCUGACCAGAUAUGAUUUAGUGUCAGUGAAGUAGUUACGGCAAAUAAGGACAGAUUUAUAUGGGAUGAAAAGCAAGCUAUUCAGUAUUGUGUACAAAAGUCAUUGCAUUACACAUCCUUUUUUUGACAUUAAUUACGCUUUAUUUCGUAAUUGUGUUGUUCUUGAAUACUAUUUUCUCAAUGAUGUGAGCUUUAAAAGUUGAUUUAUAAUUGUUAUAUUAUUCUACGACUACACUAACUUUCGCCACUCACAUUUCUGAGAAGGAAAUUUUGAGCAAUUAUUGAAGCAGUAAUAUCAAGUAGAUGUAGUGUACUGUUUGAGACUUAUCUCUAUCAGUAUAAGAUAUCUCUAUCAGUAUAGAUUCAUAUGUUCUGUGCAGUUCUACCAAAAGUGUAAUUGGUCAAUAUCAUGUAAGAAAACCAUACUGUUUAAUGCCCCUGUCUGAUGGAUGCAAACAAACAUGGGCUCUUGUUGUAUGCUUGUAUGUGUGAAUGAUACAUUCAGGAUAUAUUCCUUUUAAUGCUGUGGAUUGAUUUUGUUUUCAUUUCAUGACGUUAUUGCAAUUUGAUCAUAAAUUAAGUUUUUGAUAAAGAAAAUGUUUACUAUUGGCCAAUGAAACUUGCCACAAUUUUGAAUAAUUAUUUUCUUGCAUUUUUUAUAUGCAGUAGAAUGUUACAUACACACUACAAAGGUUUUGCAAUAUACUUUUAAGUAGCUUAUUGAUGAACAAGGCAUAUCGAUAAAUCUUCUUUGUUUCUAGUCCUAGUGUCAUAGACUUGUACUUUAAAAUUAAAAUUGUUUUGUUAUUCAAAUGUAUAAUUUGUAUAGACAGAAAUAGGAAUUGAAGAGAACUAUUAGCUAUGUUGUAUGUACUAACAACUAAUCUUUGAGUAGUUACAAAUUCAUGAUAAAUAUUAAACAAAAUCUGUCUUAAUAUAAUUUGAUAUCUUAAGAUUGCCAGAUCUUUAUUUAGUUGUGAAACCUUCAUUAUUUAGUUAUUUAUAAAUUGGAAUCUGUUUUUAUUGCAUUGUUAUGAACUUGUUGAAAUAUUCUAAGGAGGAGAUCCUCGUAUAUAAUAUGUGAGGGAUAUAUGUAUGUACUCCACUAGGAAAACAAAAAAAAGUAUUGUGAUGAUUGUUUACAAGUUCUAUUUGUGUAGUGUGUGGCUGUUACUGCAAUGUAUUGUAAAUAUAUUUAUAGGAAGGAAUGUGUUGUGAAGGAUGGUGGAGGACCCCGCCCCAGAUACUGGUUUGUAAAAAAUAACAUAGAUGAAGUGUAUAUAGUAUAAUUUACUGUCCUUAUAAAGUUAGAUUUUUGUAGUAGGAAAUUGUUAUAAGCUGCAGAAAGAAAACUUUCCCUGUCUUUAUAAGUGCCUUUUGCU